CCCGGGAGCCCGGGAGCCCGGGAGCCCGGGCCGGCCCCGCCCCCGCUCCCUUUAACUAGCCGCGUUCCGCGUCCCCCCUCGGCCCGCCGCCAUGGAGCCCCCCGCGGAGCCCGGGGCCUCGACGGAGGAGAACUACUUCGUGCACUACACCUUCAAGGACCGCUCCCACUCGGGCCGCGUGGCCCAGGGCAUCCUGAAGCUGUGCCUGGAGGAAGAGCUCUUCGCCGACGUCACCGUCUCGGUGGAAGGCCGCGAGUUCCGGCUGCACCGGCUGGUGCUGUCGGCCCAGAGCUGCUUCUUCAGGUCCAUGUUCACGUCGAACCUGCGCGAAGCCCACAACCGCGUGAUCGUGCUGCGGGACGUGAGCAAGGCCGUGUUCCAGCUGCUGGUGGACUACAUCUACCACGGCGCCGUGCGGCUGCGCGCCGACCAGCUGCAGGAGAUCUACGAGGUGGCCGACAUGUACCAGCUGACCUCGCUGUUCCAGGAGUGCUCCCGCUUCCUGGCCCGCACCGUGCACGCCGCCAACUGCCUGCAGGUGCUCUGGCUGGCCGACCGGCACAGCGACCCCGAGCUCUACGCCGCCGCCAAGCACUGCGCCCAGACCCACCUGGCCCGGCUGCGCGACGCCGACGAGUUCCUGCAUCUGCCCCACCACCUGCUCUCCGACAUCAUCAAAGAUGGAGUUCCACGUUCCCAGAACCCAUCGGAGGCGAUAGAGACCUGGGUCAACUUCAACAAAGAAGAGCGAGAGAGUUUUUCAGAAUCACUCAGGUCCAGCUUAAAGGAAAUCGGAGAGAAUGUACACAUUUACCUGAUUGGGAAGGAAUCAUCUCGUACCCAUUCCUUGGCCGUCUCCCUACGCUGUGUGGGGGAUGACUCUAUCAGUGUAAGUGGCCAGAACAGUUUGUGCCACCAGAUCACAGCAGCCUGCAAGCAUGGUGGUGACCUGUAUGUGGUGGGGGGGUCAAUCCCCCGCCGAAUGUGGAAAUGCAACAAUGCAACUGUGGACUGGGAGUGGUGUGCUCCCUUGCCCCGGGACCGACUUCAGCACACCCUGGUUUCUGUGCCUGGAAAAGAUGCCAUCUACUCCUUAGGUGGCAAGACCCUGCAGGAUACCCUUUCCAAUGCUGUCAUCUAUUACCGAGUGGGAGACAAUGUCUGGACAGAGACUAGCCAGCUGGAGGUGGCGGUAUCGGGGGCUGCUGGGGCCAAUCUCAAUGGGAUCAUCUAUUUGCUAGGGGGUGAGGAGAACGACCUGGAUUUCUUCACAAAACCUUCUCGGCUCAUCCAGUGCUUCGAUACGGAGACGGAGAAAUGCCACGUGAAGCCCUACCUGCUGCCCUUUGCAGGCCACAUGCAUGCCACUGUGCACAAGGACCUGGUGUUCAUCGUGGCAGAGGGGGAUUCCCUAGUGUGCUACAACCCGCUGCUGGAUAGCUUUACCCGGCUCUGCCUUCCGGAGGCCUGGAGUUCAGCCCCCUCCCUCUGGAAGAUUGCUAGCUGCAAUGGCAGUAUUUAUGUUUUCCGGGACCACUACAAAAAGGGGGAUGCCAAUACCUACAAGCUGGACCCUGCCACCUCGGCUCUCACAGUCACCAGUGGCAUCAAGGUGUUGCUCACCAACCUGCAGUUUGUAUUGGCCUGAAACCCUGGAGAAGGGAGUAGAUACCUGCUCUGCCCUCCUUUUUCCUGGGCCACUUCCUUCCCUUCCUUCCUCUAGCCUCAGCCUCCUGUUCCAAGGAAUCCUAGCUCUAAGACCACUCUGCUUCCUUCUGCUACUCACCUUAGGCAAUUUCCUUUCGCAAGCUGGAGUAGGCUUCCUCUGGGCUUUUUACACAGAGGCAUCUCAGACCCUUAAGGGUUGUUCGAAAUGCCCAUGCACACGUGUGCUUGGUUGAUACAGAGCAGCUCCUGAAUCUCUUUGGCACAGCCUUCCCUCUAGGGCCCAGGGAUAGAAGGGAUGCUGUUUCUUUUUGAACUGAAGAAAACCAAGAAUUUAGUUUUCCUUCAGGCUCUGAUCUAUGGUUUUAGUGAGGGAUUCACCCUCAGCUAGGCUUGGCUGCUCUUUAGGGACCACAGUGAAGAUCUAGAAUUCUGGGAAUUCCCUCUGGUCUCUUCUCAUUUGUCAGAGUAAAUGGCACUUAUUUCUAAGUUGCCUCCAUAACUAUGUUUUGGGGCAAAGAUUUUGUUUCUGAACCAUAGCAGAAACUUGUUUUUGUAAUAUGGAAAUAGCCCGUGUUCUUGUAGAGGCUGUGAACCCAGGCCUGUUCUUAUAAUAAAAAGUCUUUGGGUGGGA